AUCUACAAUGGAGGACGAAGUUGCUGCUCUCGUUAUUGAUAAUGGUUCCGGUAUGUGCAAGGCCGGUUUUGCUGGUGAUGAUGCCCCUCGUGCCGUCUUCCCAUCAAUUGUCGGACGUCCUCGCCAUCAAGGUGUUAUGGUCGGUAUGGGACAAAAGGACUCAUACGUUGGUGAUGAGGCUCAGUCCAAGCGUGGUAUCUUGACUUUGCGUUACCCUAUUGAGCACGGUAUUGUCACCAACUGGGACGAUAUGGAGAAGAUCUGGCAUCACACUUUCUACAACGAACUUCGUGUCGCCCCUGAGGAACACCCAGUCUUGCUCACUGAGGCUCCUCUUAACCCCAAGUCUAACCGCGAGAAGAUGACUCAAAUCAUGUUUGAGACCUUCAACUCUCCCGCUUUCUACGUCUCUAUCCAAGCCGUCUUGUCCCUUUAUGCCUCUGGUCGUACCACUGGUAUUGUUCUUGACUCUGGUGAUGGUGUUUCCCACACUGUCCCUAUCUACGAAGGUUACUCCCUUCCCCACGCUAUUCUUCGUCUUGAUCUUGCUGGUCGUGACUUGACUGAUUACCUCAUGCGCAUUCUCGCUGAACGUGGACACGCCUUCACCACCACUGCCGAACGUGAAAUCGUUCGUGAUAUUAAGGAGAAGCUCUGCUAUGUUGCUCUUGACUUUGAGCAAGAAAUGCAAACUGCUGCUCAAUCCUCCGCUUUGGAGAAGUCUUAUGAACUUCCUGACGGUCAAGUCAUUACCGUCGGCAACGAGAGAUUCCGCGCUCCUGAAGCUCUCUUCCAACCUUCUCUCAUUGGUCUUGAAUCCGCUGGUAUUCAUGAGACUACCUACAACUCCAUCAUGAAGUGCGAUCUUGAUAUUCGUAAGGAUUUGUAUUCUAACAUUGUCAUGUCUGGUGGUACUACCAUGUACCCCGGUAUCGCCGACCGUAUGCAAAAGGAAAUCACCGCCUUGGCACCAAGCUCCAUGAAGAUCAAGAUUGUUGCUCCUCCGGAGCGCAAGUACUCCGUCUGGAUUGGUGGUUCUAUUCUUGCUUCUCUCUCCACCUUCCAACAGAUGUGGGUCAGCAAACAGGAAUAUGACGAAUCUGGUCCCUCCAUUGUGCACCGCAAGUGCUUCUAA